AUGAUUGAUAACAUAAGGAAUGAUGACAAAGAAAUAUUCAAAGUUCAUAAGUGGUCAGCAGUUGCUGCAUGGUCGUGGGAUAUCAGUGUAGACAAUUGCGCUAUUUGUAGAAAUCAUAUAAUGGACUUAUGCAUUGAGUGUCAAGCUAAGUUAAAUGAAAAUGAUAAUGAUAAAGAGAAAAAAAUUGAUAAAGAAAAUUGCACAGUUGCUUGGGGUGUGUGUAAUCAUGCUUUUCAUCUACAUUGUAUAUCAAGAUGGAUUAAAGCAAGACAAGUUUGUCCCUUAGAUAACACUAAUUGGGAAUUCCAAAAGGCUGCAGAUUAA